CGACUAUCUGAGUUGGACCAUACUGUAGACUAAUUAGGUCAAUUAAUGUCUCAGCAUUUUUAUCAGCUCUGUAUUUUCAGACUGAAGAGAAAAAAUUCCCUAUUAAAAUUGUCCAGAACAUGAUAUUUUGAUAACCUAGCUUGCAAUCCCUAUGAUCACAUUAAUAACAAGAUGCUGAUUAUCUUCAAGAGACAAUUAAAACUGGGCUAAAUGAAGAUAAAUAUGUAUAGUCAGCCAGAAAGAUCCACAGGUUCCAGAAUCAAUAUCUGCAUGGACUUGACACAUGAUUGGCGAUAAAUACCAACCAUUUUCUCUAUCAAUUUGUCUGCAUUAUUUAGCAAUUUCAUGUAAUCAACAAGCAUUAUAAUUCUCGGUGAUCAGUCUGUUGUUUUUCCCAGAUUUUUUACAAAACCUCAUGGCCCUGACUUAAGUAUCGGAGGAAAUUAACGACAUGCCAUUUGCACCGACAUUAAAGCUGCGGUCCACAGGAUCUCGGACUUCUGCUCGCAACCGAUUGUUGUCCAGUCCUACAAGUGGUCCGUCAUUGACAUGUCCUAGUUAUACCGCGCGGAGAACAAGUGACCCCGGAGUUUUCUACUACAGUGAUGAAUCUUCAACAAUGGGAUCUAAAAAGAGGCAGAUAAAGUCCAAUGGAACUGUGACACAGAAUGGAAAGAAAGUAUCAAACGGAUUGAGUGAAAGAAAGAGGAAAAGUGAAGAAUCUCCCACAGUCACAAGAACUGUUCAAAUAAGUGCUUUCAUCUUCAUAAUCAUUGCCUUCAUUGUCAUGUACAGAACAGACUUUUCAUCGAUGAAUUCAUCAGAACAAUCAUCUAGUCCAUCCAAGUCUUCCCAAGAUUCAAAAAAUUCUCAGAAUUCCAUGCAGUCCGAUUCCACAGGUAAAUGGAGACCUGCCACAAAAGAGGCAUUAAGGUUGUAUGGGUCAUCCAAAUGUACUGUAGAUAGAAGGGAUGCUAGUGAUUUGACUGUGAAGGAAUUCGAGGUUAAAUAUCGAUUUAAAAAACCGGUGAUUGUCAGGUUUCCCCGGGGGGCCAGGGAUUGGACUAACCCCUGGAAAUGGUCCCUACCUAGCCUAAAGCAGGAGUACGGACAGUGGUACGUCCUGUCUGGAAAUUCCCGCGAUAUCGUCCGGAAAGGCGGGAACGGAGAUGUCCAGUCAUCGUUCUCGGAGUUUGUGGAUUCCCUGAUGAAAGACAAGGAUGAAAUUGGAGAACCAUUCUACAUUUUUGACAGAAUGUUCUACAAUGACUCCAGCCUGCCAAGAACUUUAAAACCACCCAAGUAUUUUGAAAUCAAAGAUGGGGUGGACGACAGUAUUUUCUUUCUGGGGGCGUCCAGUAGCGGAGUGUCGUUCCACAAACACGCCGACGCGUGGAAUGGGGUCAUAUAUGGACAGAAGCGGUGGUUCCUCUACCCCUCCACCCACACCCCACCAGGAGGAGUGUACCCGGGUUUUACUCAGAUGGAGUGGUAUGACAAGAUUUACCCCUCCCUGGCGGGGGAGGAUCUACCCAUGGAGUGUGUGCAGGAGGCGGGGGAAAUACUGUACCUGCCCGAGGGGACCUACCAUGGUACAAUUAACCUGGGAGACACAGUAGCUAUUGGAAUUCAGAAGAAGGAAGCUUCCAUAGAAACAGAAAAACUCUUCUACAAAGAGCUGAAUCUGGAACAAGCUACACCUGGUGCCACCAGAGAUCGACUUCUGCAGGAGAGGAUCCAAAUUUUUCAGAAACUCCAUAAACUUCUACCUGAGAGUACAGAAGUACUGAUGAAGUUAGGACAGGCUUAUUCUGACACAGGGAGAGUUGAUGAAGGAAUGAAAUUUACCCAGCAGGCCAUAGACAAAGACCCCCACUUCCUUAUAGCUCACCUGAACAAAGCCAAGAUGUACAUACAGAAAAACAAAGAUAAAAAAGCAGAAGAAAAGCUGAAGGUUUGUUUGGAGAUGAAUCCCAAGUUGUGGGACGUACAUGCUACAUAUGGAGACUUCCUGAUGAGAAAACAGAGGUUUAAAGAGGCGGCACAAAUGUUCCGAAAGGGAACACAAGUAAAGCCAGACAUGAUUCCAUUCUGGGCAAAUCUGAGGAACGCCCUGCAACAAAGCGGUGACAACAAAGGGGUAAGGGAGACAAAUCUGGUUAUAGAAAGGCUUCAACGAGAACAGCAGGACAGACAGUGAUGAUAAUAGUGCUAAUUUAUACAUUAAAUCACAAAGUCAAAGUCACACAGUGAUAAUAAUAGUGCUAAUUUAUACCAAUUACAAGUUCAAAGUCCUUAUGCCUUCAUUGUGGAGCAUAUCAUGAAAUUGUUGUAUUUUUUUUUCCCUUAAGUUUUUGUUUAAAAUUGUUGUUUUGUGUGUUUUUGCAUGCAUGUAUGUGCAGAAAAAAAAAAUCUGUCUCAUUUCUUGUAGUUUGAAAGGGAAAGAAUUUUUAAGUGGAUGGAAAGGAAAAAUUAUGUAUCACAUCGUGAUUUUAUUUUUUCAUUUCAUUAGUGUAUUUAUGGGGAGAUUAUGUAUGGUUAUUGCAUUCCAAUUCAUAUAUUUUUUUUUCAAAUGACAUGUAAAUGUAUACAUAUCAUUGGCUUUCUGCAGCUAUAACAUAAUGAUUGUAUAAUUGGUGUGAAAUGAAUGAAAGGCAAAUAUUGUAAGUUGUAUAAAAAUGUGACACAACUUAGCAUAAUAUAAUUUUUUAUGUCAAGUUUCAAUAAUUUAGUUUUUUCUUGUUCAAAUGGUUCACAUGUAGAUAUAGUUUAUUUUUAUACAAAUACACACAUUUCCAUCUCCAAAUCAUAUUUACAUUCAACAUUUCAUUGCAUUAAAAAAAUUUUGGUUUUCAUAUUUUUUUACCAAAAUUUGCAGACCUCUUGAUCCAGCUUACUUUAUUAUGCUAUCUGUAAGUUAUGCAUAGAACACAGUAGAAGAAAAUCCUUAUUAAAAAACAUACUUCAAUUUGUUCAACAAUGCUAAACUUUGUCAUAACAUUCCAAUUUCUUCUUUCAGUGUGUUGGAGUUAUCUCUCUUUGAA